AAGUAGUGCCUCGUCAUAUGUUUAAUUUCAAAACAUCACAAUUACGUAAAUAAAAAACAACCAAUAAUCAUACUUAUAACUAACUAACUAGUUGAUUCAGCUGAUGGUUAAUAGGCGUCAUUUCGUUCUCUUUAAAUGUUCUCGGUUCGAAGUUUUAUGAAUUAUAAAUCAAUUUGACAUUCAUUUAGAACUUAUCUAAUUCGUAAACAUUGUUAAAAAUGAACUGUAAUAAUUAUACAAUGAAUUUUCAUUAUUAGGAUUUCUAAAGGUGAAUAUGGGAAUAUUAUUUGCUAAAAUUUGGAGUUUGUUUAAUAAUGAAGAGCAUAAAGUCAUUAUUAUAGGCUUAGAUAAUGCUGGAAAAACUACAAUUUUAUAUCAGUUCUUAAUGAAUGAAGUUGUUCAUACAACACCGACUAUAGGGAGUAAUGUUGAAGAAGUCAUUUGGAAAAAUAUUCGUUUUGUCAUGUGGGAUUUAGGAGGACAAGAAUCAUUACGUUCUUCUUGGAAUACUUAUUACAAUAAUACUGAGUUUGUCAUUGUAGUAUUGGAUAGCACUGAUCGAGAAAGGCUUCAUAUUACUAAAGAAGAACUUUGGAAAUUGAUGAAUCAUGAAGAUCUCAGAAAAGCAGCAGUACUUAUUUAUGCUAAUAAACAAGAUGUUAAGGGGUGCAUGACUCCAGCAGAAAUAACAAAACAGCUUAAUUUAACUUCCAUAAAAAAACAUCGUUGGAGGAUACAACCAUGCUGUGCUUUGACAGGUGAAGGAUUAUAUCAAGGACUAGACUGGGUAUAUUUGCAAAUGAAGAAUAAGAAAUGAACGUUCAUACAUAUUAUGGGAAAAAUCCUACUGAAGAUAUCAACUCUGAGUGUGAAUAAGGAUAUGUUAUAUAUUAUAAGUAAAUUGUUGAAUGCAGGGCUUGUGAGCUUUAUAUUUAUUCAUCAAUGAAUGGACAGUUUUGUACUUUUAAAU